UCCUCCAAAAUUCCCACCUCUAAACAUAAACACAAAGAGCCUUUGCUGUUUUUGAAAACCAAGUUUAUCUUUUUAUCAUGGGUUCCCAAGGUACAAUGGCGAAUAUCAUGGUCGUUUUCGACUUCGAUAAAACCAUUGUUGAUUGUGAUACUGAUAAUUGGGUUUUGGAUAAUCUUGGUUUCACUGAAUUGUUCGAACAACUUCUUCCUACCAUGCCUUGGAAUCCUUUAAUGGAUUUAAUGAUGAAGACGAUGCAUGAGAAAGGAGUAACGAAGAAUGACAUAGUGGAGGUCUUAAAAACAACGCCUAUGCAUGAUCGUAUCAUUCCCGCCAUUAAAUCAGCUUACGAUGCUGGGUGUGAUCUGAGGAUACUAAGUGAUGCAAAUAGGUUCUUUAUAGAAACAAUUUUGGAUCAUCAUGGAAUCAAGGAUUAUUUUACUGAGAUUCACACAAAUCCGGGUUAUGUGGAUGAAAAUGGGAGAGUUAGAAUAUUUCCCCAUCAUGAUUUCACAACAAAACCUCAUGAUUGUGAAAACAUUCUUUGCCCUCCUAACAUGUGUAAGGGUGUAGUGAUGGAAAAGCUAUUAACCAAUGAAGGGGACAACACAUUCAUUUAUUUAGGUGAUGGAAAUGGUGAUCAUUGUCCUAGCUUAAAGCUAAGAGAAAUUGAUUAUUGCAUGCCUAGGAAGAACUAUCCACUUUGGGGUGUAAUUUCAAGUAACCCUAAGCUCAUCAAUGCUAAGAUCCAUGGGUGGUCCGACGGCGGAGACCUCGAACGUGUCCUAUUAUCUCUCGUCGAUGGAGUGUUAUCUAGUAAGUUGGAAAAUAAAGGUGGACAUCAAAGUUUGGCUAAGGUUGAUUUCAAGUUUAAGAACAAUGUACCAAGGCCUUCACAGAAAGUUCUUCCUCCAGCUGCAUGAUAACAAUAAUAAUACUACCUCCGUCCAAUUUUAAUUGUCAUAUUUUAAUGACAGUUAUUUCGAGACAUUUUCUUAUGUCGGGAGGAUAGAGUACAAUGAUUGUCGAUAUUGUAUUUUUAAAAAGGAAAAAAAGAAGGUUGAUCUGAACCCCGCAUAACCUGCCAUAAAAUACUACGGAACAUAACCAUGGGUGAGGAUGUGGUAUCGAAGGCAUGGGAAGGGGAUAGCCGCUCUUUAAUAAGGCUUGGAUCCCAUGCAACUAUAUAUGCUUUGAGUUUGAGAUAAUUAUAUUUUUGCAACAAUGUCUUGUUGCUAUCUCAUGAGCUAAAUUAUGUUUAGCCUACUUAUGCUAAAUUAGUGGCAAUCUAGUUAUAGUGGUGUGUAUGAUGUAUCUAUGUUGUAUUCUCAACAAUGAAUUAGGCAUGAUAGCCAUCUCUUUUUACAUAAUGUAAGUGGCUCUUCGUAUAAAAUUAUCUACCCAUUAAACAACAGUGGUUGACAUGUA